UUCAUCAUCUGUUUCUGAGUUGGCUGCUUGGCUUUUGUCAAUAAAUUGACUCCUUUCUAUUGAGUCUUUCAAUCAAAUGCUAUUAUUCUAUUUAUGAAGAGUGUUCUCAAGUGCAAGGAAAUGAUUUCAGGAUUCAGAUCAAUGUUUUAAACAUUUAUUUAAGGGAAACGUGACUCGUAACCCCUGCAGCCAUGAUUGGUGGCCUGUUCGUGUACAACCACAAGGGAGAGGUGCUGAUAUCGCGUGUAUAUCGCGAUGACAUCGGUCGUAACGCUGUGGAUGCGUUCAGGGUGAACGUCAUUCACGCCAGACAGCAAGUCAGGUCACCCGUCACAAAUAUUGCGCGGACGUCUUUCUUCCAUAUCAAGAGAGCGAAUAUCUGGUUAGCAGCUGCCACGAAGCAAAAUGUAAACGCCGCAAUGGUUUUCGAAUUUCUGCUGAAAGUGAUCGAUGUAAUGCAGUCCUACUUUGGCAAAAUAUCCGAGGAUAACAUCAAGAAUAACUUCGUCCUCAUCUAUGAGCUUCUUGACGAAAUCUUGGACUUUGGCUACCCGCAGAACUCUGACACCGGAGUGCUGAAGACAUUUAUCACACAGCAGGGUGUCAAAUCACAGAGCAAAGAGGAACAGGCACAGAUCACAUCUCAGGUUACUGGCCAGAUAGGCUGGCGUCGCGAAGGUAUAAAAUACAGACGCAACGAACUUUUCUUGGAUGUUCUGGAGUAUGUCAACCUCCUCAUGUCGCCUCAAGGUCAAGUACUCUCAGCUCACGUGGCAGGAAAGGUGGUAAUGAAAUCGUACCUGUCAGGUAUGCCUGAAUGCAAGUUCGGAAUCAACGACAAGCUAGUCAUGGACUCGAAAGGAGGCAGCGGAGGAGGAGGAGGAGUUGGGGGUAACGGUAGUGGCAAGCUGGGAGGAAGUGGGGGAGGUGGGAUGAUGGGCGGAGAGGAGGCGGGGCGAAGUGGGAAGCCGGUGGUGGUAAUAGACGACUGUCAGUUCCACCAGUGUGUCAAGUUGUCCAAAUUCGAAACUGAGCACUCGAUCAGUUUCAUUCCGCCGGAUGGAGAGUUUGAACUCAUGAGAUACCGGACCACCAAAGAUAUAUCACUGCCGUUCCGAGUUAUUCCUCUCGUUAGGGAAGUCGGGCGUACACGUAUGGAAGUCAAGGUGGUGUUGAAAUCCAAUUUCAAACAGUCGUUGCUCGGUCAAAAAAUGGAGGUGAAAAUUCCGACGCCUUUGAAUACAUCAGGGGUUCAACUCAUCUGCCUCAAAGGCAAGGCAAAGUAUAAGGCAUCUGAGAACGCCAUCGUGUGGAAAAUAAAACGUAUGGCUGGAAUGAAAGAAACCCAACUGUCUGCCGAAAUUGAACUUCUGGAAACUGACACGAAGAAGAAGUGGACACGGCCUCCUAUAUCUAUGAACUUUGAG